CAAGUGGAAAGAUGUGCCCGGGAUACCAGGAUGGAGUGGUUUUAUGGAGCAGAUCACAAGUGGUCUUUCAUUUGACAGAACAUAUGUUGCUUGUCUGCCAUUUAUAAAUGCUUCACCAUCUGAUUACAAUACAGUAUAUACGGCAUUACUGACUUCAAUACAGCAGAGCAAAUCGAUGAAUCACCAAGCAACUAUUAACACCUUUGACCAGCCUCUAUACCUAAAGGCUAGAUUUAUAGUGGCUUGCCAACAAGGAAAUCCCGAUUUUGAUAACGUCAUCAUUAGAAUAGGUGGGUUUCACCUGCUGUUGUAAUUCUUGAGGACUAUAGGCUACUUAAUGGAUGGUAGUGGGUUGAAGGAGUUGUUAAAUUCAAUAUAUGCACUACGCUCAACAGAGAAAAUCCUUACGGGACACGCCUAUUCAAGAGCUAUUAGAGCACAUGUGUUGGCCCAUGCAACUCUGGCGAAAAUUAUAUUUGAGACAAUGGAUUUAACCCCAGUCCUUCAUGAAAAACUUACAGAUUUCCUGAACGAUAAAGACAGAUCACAAAUUUUGUUAGCGAACGAAAAAGACUGUGUAGAGGAAUUGAAAACCAAGUUUUCUGAAAAGCUUCAAGUUAUAGCUAAUCGUGGUGCUACUUCAAAGCUAUGGAUUCAAUUCUUCGAAACGGUUACGCUUGUUAAACUAUUCAUUGAAGCUGAAAGAACAGGAAACUGGAAUCUCCAUCUACAAGUCGUCUACCAAAUGCUCCCGUACUUCCAUGCUAGCGGACAUUUUCUGUAUGCUAGAUGUUGUCACCUCUACCUACAAGACAUGCAUAGCUUAAAAGAUAAAAUGAGCACUCAGGAAUACGAGAUGUUCACGGGUGGCGGGUUCACAGUAAGAAGGAUUAGCAAAUUCUGGUGAGGAACAUGGACCGAUAUGACCAUUGAGCAGUCCUUAAUGAGGAUUAUGAAAAUUGCUGGUGGGCUGACUCAUGGUCGUGGGGUUAGUGAAAGUAUCCUCAGUAGGUGGACUAAAGGAAUGACUUCGUUCCAAAAUAUUGGUGAGGAAAUGGAAAAGAUGUGUGGAGUAGCAUUCACUAGCUCAGAACAACAUGUGGAGAUGAGAGAAUCAAGGAUUAAAAGGGAUACAAGUGAUUCGAAAAAGUUAAUGGACUGGUUUACGCAACACCAACCUUUUCCUAAAGUGGCAGACAUCUUAUGUCUUACCACUGGUGUUGUAGGAGAUAGCACCAUAAACUGUCAUAUGGCCAAGGAGAUUGGACUUCUCUCAAUUGAUAGGAUUGUGGGCGGUGAUUUUGAAACUGUCAAAUUUUAUAGGAAAGACAGAGUUUUGCCACUUGCUACGAUGAAAAAUGCGAUCAAAAUAAGUGAUGAAACCAUCCCCACGACUAUUUUUCAAAGAAUAACAAUUGCUAAACAAUUUGAUGAAGAACUUGAAGAAUUCUUGAAAUAUGAACUGUGCCCUUAUCCAUUGCCUCUUUUCGAUGACUAUGGUAUGAGGAAAGGAACCAAGUCUACUUUAUACAAGGCAUUCACACCAACAGAAAAAGCGAAUCUCCAAGGGUGUGUGUACGUUAUAGAUGGAGGGUAUUUGCUGCACAAAGUCGUGUGGGCCGGGGGUCAAUCCUUCUCAUCCAUUUGUGAAAGCUAUAUUUCAUUUGUCAAGUCCAAGUACAAGGACAGUGCAGUAGUUGUCUUCGAUGGUUACCCCCAAGAAGGCACUAAAUAUGCUGAACGAGAGAGAAGAUCACGACAACAGAUGUCAGUAGAUGUCAUGUUCGACAAAACAAUGAUCCCGACAAUGCCACAAGAAAAAUUUCUAGGCAAUAUGAAAAACAAAAUCCGUCUCAUCUCAAUGUUGAAGGACAACUUUGCUGAAGCUGGCAUUCACACAAAGCAGGCACAAGAGGAUGCAGAUACUGUUAUUGUCACCACAGCAAUGGAUCUCGCACAGCAGCAUAACUGUGUAGUUAUUGUGGGUGAAGAUGUGAAUCUGCUGGUCAUCAUGAUUAGUCGUUGCCGGGAUGUAAAUUCAAACAUAUAUUUUCUGAAGCCAGGUAAAGGGGCAGUUUCCCAACUCAUUUUUUCUCCUGACUGCCAUCCAGACCAAUCCAUAAGUGACAACAUAUUGUUUUUGCACGCCAUGGGGGGAUGUGACACUACCUCAGCCUCAUUCAAAGUCGGAAAAAUGAGGUUUCUUCAAACCCUCAAGAAAAACCCUGCCCUAACCAAGACCAUUCAAAUUUUCAAAGAUCCCACGGCACAUGCUGACGCUGUUAUUAACGCUGGUAUUUCCUUUUUCACUGCGCUGUACAAAUUAAGUGACAAGGAAAGCGCGUCCUUGAACAAAUUGAGGUAUAAAUGCUACCUUAGAUCGGCAUACAAAACAUCAGCACAAUUGGCGUCGCUUCCUCCUACCGAAGCUGCAGCUCAGCAACAUUCUUUGAGAGUGUACUUCCAAGUACAACAAUGGCUUGGAAAUGAAAAAGAUCCUGAGCAAUAGGGUUGGAAGAAAACCAAAGCAGGUCUGCAACCUGUAACAACAUUACAGCCACCAGCACCAGACGCAGUAUUAAAACUAAUUUCUUGCAAAUGCAUCAAGACCUGUCAGACCAACUGUGGAUGUAGAAAAGCUGGCCUUAACUGUUCCAAUAUCUGCCACAACUGCGAGAACGGCUGCAAUAAUAUGCCAAUUGCAGAAAUUGAAGAAGAAGCAGAGGAUGAUCCGGAGUUACUUGAAGACGUUGAAGAACUGGAUGGCUGCCCUGAGGAAAACAUGGAGCCGGCACCUAAAAGGGCUCGUACAAGUAAAUAGAUAGACCUAGAACUGGAAUGCUGCCCUGCUGGAAUCCGGUGUCUAAGAGGGCUCGUAUUAGGUCAUAAAUAUUUUAGUGUGUUGAAAUAAUUAAAUAUCUUAGUUUUCUUUUGUUUAAUAACCUUUUUUAUUGAUGUAUCAAAUAAUUAAUUAAAACAUUUUACAAAACAUCAAAUAAUGUUCACCUACAUAAAAUAAAAAAUAUAAACUAAUGCCGUA